CCGCUUCUCCUCAGAUGCAGGCUUGGGGGGCGCCUGCGGCCUCUCGGAGCUUGAAGACUCCACAUUUUCACCGAAGCCCCUCCUUUCUUUCUCUAAGCAGCAGCCUGGGCUUCAGUACACAGAAAGUUGCAACUCAGGAAAGUGCUGCAAAUGGGGCUCCUAGAGGCCAGGCUGAAAUUGCCACAGUGGCCCGAAUGGGACACCGCGUAGGAGGUGGGACGCCAUUCCAAGGAGUUUGUUCAGAGAGAAUUUCCCCUGCUUAGAGGAGGCUGGCGCUGAAGACGUCAUCAGAAGCCUCUGUUUUUCUAAGGGCUUUGUUAUUUGUGACCACAAUGAAAAACGUAGACAGUGAUGAUCUGAUAACUGGCGCACUUCCCAAACUCAAGAGCUCAAAAGAAUGGUUGGAACCACGGACGCUCUCUUUUAUGAAGACCUUAGGUAAAGAAGAUACUGAUGCAGCUGUUCAAUCAAUAUUAUAUAGAGAAAAUUAUUUAAUUAAGGAACUAGAUAAGUAUUUAAAACAUAAUGACUUCUUAAAUACAAGAAGAAAAGAGAUAUUAUAUAAAAGAUGGGUUGACCAUGUGGCAGAUCCUCUCCAGAAGAAAAUUAUAGAAAAAGUUUAUUCACAUACGAAGAUUGAAAAAAGGAGACAAGAGGAAUUAGAUGGUUUUUUAAAAUAUGUAAACAAACAGAGAAAUGUUUUUAUAGAACACUAUGAUCCAAAAGAGUAUGAUCCUUUUUAUAUGAACAAAGAGGACCCCAAUUUUCUGAAGGUUACCAUCCCACCAUUUCAUGACCCUUUGAAAAAGGCACAAUAUGACAAGGAUGACAGAAAAAGAACUCUGCUUCAGUGUGAGACUGGUAAAAUAUAUACAAUGAAAGAAUUUAAAGAGAUUGAGAAGACCCAGCUGCAUUCCAGAUUCCCAAGAAUUUCUAAUUCAAGGCAUUUUAUGACUCCAAAUGAGUGGCUUAAACUGCCUACAAGAUACAUAGAAAGUGAAUUUUGUAAAAGGAGCAGGUUAAAAGUGAAAGUGAAUUUUAACAAUAGUUUUGAUUUGAAACCCUCGGCAAGAGCUCCUUGUCUUCCGGAAUCCCAGAAAGAAGAAAGAGCAGUUAUUUACAGAAACAAAGGGUCAUCCUUUUUGGAAAAAGAACCUCUAUGUUAUCAGGAAGGAAAGAAACCAAGUCCCAAAGAGGCCAACUCUGAAGGGCACUUUUCUUCCUUGAACCUCAGCCAGGAGGUAGAAAGUGAUGAAGACCAGGUUGGGAUUUUAGCAACCAAGGAGCACACAUCCUGAUCCUUUACUGGUGAAAGGGAACUCAAAAGAAGUCUGGUUCAGAGGAAGUCAUCUGCUAGCAGGAAACAUUCAGGAUGAGGACUAAGGAAGGCACACAAGAAUUGUUCUAUCUCUAAAAAAAAAGCAUCUGCAAUAAACUUCAUUUAAUUUUUGA